UUUCAUCUCUAUCAUCUGACUUCUUCCUACUUUCCCUCCUCUUUGAAAUGCAUCCCAACCUUUUCUUGUCCCAUUUUCAUCGUUUAAACAUCAACACUUGUUAUUCUUAACUCAUUUCAUUUCUAUCUUCAUCAGCUUGAACUGCUGAAAAUCACAAUUUAGUCUUAAUUUGAUUGUUCCUCUUGAAUACCUGUGUAUACCUUAGGUUCUAGACCGUGAUUGACAACAUGGUUAAUUAUGAAUAUUGGUAUAAAUUGUUUGACACAGCCUUAGUCAAUCGUCGCGCUAAGACUUCACCUAGUAAGGAUAAAAGCGUUCCUAAAUCAAAUGUAACCAAACAACAGUCCACAGCCAACAAAGCCAAACCCGACAAAACCAAAGAAUCAAACAGUGUUAAUGGGAAAUCAUCUAAUUUAACCAAUGUUGCCUCACCUCGCUCAAUUGUCACCUUUAUUGCUAACUUCUUGACCAUUUGUGCGGUUAGUGGACUUCUUAUAACCUUAUUUUAUGUUGUACCAUGGGAACAAUGGGUUUUCAGUGAAGAUGAAUUGGAAAGACUACAAUCUGGUGAAGAUUUGGAGUAUCGAAACUUUCUAGCAACUGCUGACCAGCAAUUUGAUGAAAUAAGUAUCCAUGAAGUUCCGUGUUAUGAGAAGGCUUAUUGGAGAGAGAAGCGAUUAAAUGUCCUUCCUGAGCGAUGUGGUGUUAUGGUCACUGAUGAUCUUCUUCCUAAUGAUCAGAUUCUCAAGCUUCGAUCUUUGGCCACUAAAGUGAUUGACAAAGUUGGUGACACUAGUUAUGCUAAUCGAGAGUCAAUCAAUCUUCAAUGGAUUAACCUUCACAAUUUGUAUAAACGCAAUGCCACCAAAAGAGUGCUUAGAGAUGUUGAAUUUGAUCUUAUCCGGAAUGCUUCGCUAGCUGCAAGAGAAGCUGUAUCAACGGCUUUUGGCCUUCCAACUGAAAGGUUAUUCUUUAACAUGGUCUCUCAAUUUACACGAUAUCGACCAUUGGUUAAACACAAUGAAUUUAGACACGUUGAUAAGGUUCGCUCACCAGCUUUGAUUGUUACCUCUAUUUUAUGGUUAUCAACUGCUAAUCUUGACUUUGGAGGCGGACAUACUGAGUUUCUCAAUGGACCUGGACCAGAACCUUAUUCACCUGUUUUAAUUGAACCUAAAAUGGGUAGAUUUGCUGCCUGGACUUCUGGCUUUGAGAAUCCUCAUGAAGUAACUGAGCUUUUCUGGGGCAAUCGAUUGGCUCUCAUCUUUGCUUUCACCGUUUCUGAUAAAUUAGGCUAUGAAUCAAUGGAAGCUCUUCGUGACUGGGCGACUAAUGGAACCUCACAAAUCACAAAUAGUUCCUAUUAAAAUUGAUAAAUAGUCAGCUCAACACUUUUAGAUCUCGUAAAUUGCUAUUUUCAGCAAUAAAUAUCAACUCGUUUUGUCUCAAGUUGUCUCAGAAAUUUUGUCACACCGUGCUUUGUAUUUUACCUUUUCUUGCUGUAUCCAUGCCAUGUGUUAUAUAACUUACACUUUCUUUUAUUGUUGAUAUUAAAUGAUUUGUA